UGAGUUUGCUCGGCAGCCUUAAAUUUCAUUGUGGCGAAUAUGGCAAGCCGUUGCUGCCAAAAGCUAUCGAGAUUUGAAGACUUGUUGAGUUUGCAUUUAGUGUGCCGAGAUGCAUUUCAGACAUGUUCAGUUCAAAAUAUAUCCGUCGAGUUCCUCACUUUUGGUGUUGAGAUCUCGACGAGAACUCGACGAGUUUCUUAAAUUCUCGACGAGAACUCGACGAGUUUCUCAAAUUCUCGACGAGAACUCGACGAGUUAACUUAAAUUCUCGACGAGUUUCUUGAAUUCUCGACGAGAACUCGACGAGUUUCUCAAAUACUCUACGAAAGGGACAGGGAGCCCAAGCUAACGACAAAGGGAGCCCAUCUGGGUAAACCGCUGACCACUGYGAUAAAAAAAAAUGGCGGACAGUCGGAACAGUGCAGCAUUGAAACAGUUUUUCGUAGAAUUGGAUAAGGUUCUACAGCAGCUGGAGGCAUCGUCAGACAAUUUAAUGAUUGAGUACCGUAGAAGGGAGUUGCAGUAUUAUUUGGGAGUAUUGUCUGGAUUUAUUUAUGAUCUCGAAAAGAAAUAUUCUGGGAAUGUUCCUGGAGAUACUGCAGAGGUACUUAACCACUUACGUGAACUUUAUGACUUUUCUUGCCAAAAGUGGACCAGUUCUUCAGAGGAAAAGGACGAAAAGGAGGUUUCCCAGUAUAAUCUACCUAAAGUARGAACUUUUGGACGACCAAAAUUUCUGAUUACAAAGGAACAAUUGGUAACUUUGAGAGAGAGUGGAAUGACGUGGUGCCUCAUCGCUAAGUGCCUCAAUGUCAGUGAAAGGACACUUUAUCGUCGCGUGGAACAGUUUCAGAUAAAUCGCACUUUUACUGAUAUUUCAGAUUCAGAAUUAGACCAAAUUUUGAGGUACAUAUCUUCCAUUACUCCAGGAGCUGGAGAAKCUUAUGUUCGUGGGAGUUUGAGAAGCAGRGGUUUUACUAUACAACGUUGGAAMGUGCGGGAGAGAUUAAACCAAAUUGAUCCUAUUGGAAGAGCCUCUAGAAGACAAACUGCAAUAGAACGCCGUGUAUACAAUGUUCCAGCUCCUAACUGCUUGUGGCAUAUGGAUACCAACCACAAGCUAAUUUCUUGGCGCAUAGUUAUUCAUGRUUGUGUAGACGGCUUUAGCAGGGCCAUAACAUAUCUUAAAUGUGCAACUGAUAAUCUAUCCAAGACAGCUCUUGCGUUUUUUAAAGAGGGAGUAGAAAACUAUGGUCUGCCAAGUCGUGUUCGAGGAGACUGUGGCGUGGAGAAUUGGGAUGUGGCUAGGCUAAUGGUUUCAAGGCGUGGUCUGAACCGAGGUAGCUUCAUAACUGGUAGAAGUGUACAUAAUACAAGGAUUGAAAGGCUGUGGAGGGAGGUAAAUCGUGUUGUAAAUCACCACUACAAAGCUUUGUUUCAGCAUAUGCAAGCUUAUGAAAUUUUGGAUUCUACAAAUGAGGCAGAUAUAUUUGCCCUGCACUAUGUAUUUGUACCUCGCAUUUCAAGGUCACUUCAUGAAUUUACGAUGCAGUGGAACCAUCAUGGGAUAAGGACUGUGGAUCACUUUUCACCUCUUGCCCUUUGGAACUCUGGGAUGUUGUCAAAGGAAGAAGAGGGUUUUUAUGAAGAUAUAGCAGAUAUUCAGAACUACGGCAUUGAUUAUGAAGAAGUUGCCACUGACCAAAUUAUCAGUGACAAUAACAUUGUGGUUCCAGAGUGUCUAUUUCAUCUUGAGGACAACAAAUUGGCAGAAAUCCAGAGUACUGUUAACCCAUUAACUGAUGAUGGAGAUUCUGGAAUAAACCAUUUUUGUAAAGUGCGCACACUGAUAGAAGCAUCAAAUGGACCAGACAAUUCAUGAUAUCUCAGAAAUUCAUGCAAAUCUGGAAUAAACAAUUUCUGCCAAGUACGUUC